AAACUUCCUCCUCUCCGUUACCCAAGCGUGCAGAGCGUGACUCCUGCUCACUGCUGUCCUGCGUGUGUCCUCUAAGCCGCGUUUUCUUUGACAAUGUUUGUUUUAUCAAACCGGAUAAAGUUCUGUUCGCUGGCGUUCACCGCCGCGCGCCUCUACAGCAACGGCCCCGUGGCUGCCAACAAAAACCCGACGGUUUACUUUGAUGUCUCCGCAGAUAACCAACCUCUCGGCAGGAUAACCUUUGAGCUCAACGCUGAAAUUGUGCCAAAGACAGCAGAGAACUUCAGAGCGCUGUGCACGGGCGAACAUGGCUUUGGUUACAAGGGAUCCAUUUUCCACAGGGUGAUCCCUCAGUUCAUGUGCCAGGGUGGAGACUUCACCAACCACAAUGGAACGGGAGGGAAGUCGAUCUAUGGAUGGAAGUUUCCUGAUGAGAACUUCAAGCUGCAGCACACCGGACCUGGUAUCUUGUCUAUGGCCAACGCUGGACCCAACACCAACGGAUCCCAGUUCUUCAUCUGCACCAGUAAAACAGAGUGGCUGGAUGGCAAGCAUGUUGUCUUUGGCAGCGUCAAGGAGGGAAUGGACGUGGUCAAGACAAUAGAGUCCUUCGGUUCACGGACCGGGCGAACCUCCAAGAAGAUCACUAUCACAGACUGCGGAGAGCUGGAAUAGACUCUGAGAGGCGGACACGGUCGUAGGCUCAUCUCCUGCUGUAAUUUCAAUGCGAGGGUCCGAGUGAAAGAGGCUCUUUCUUCAGUCAUGGCACAGAGUGCUGCCUCUCUUUGCUGGCAGUAGAUCACCUCAGAGUCAGAGUCAGACAGUGUUUCUAUUGGUUCUUCAGUCCUGUGUUAGACUUUCUUCAGGUAGCAACUAACGCACUUAGCUCUCAAGGUAUUAAAUGUGAACUUGCAUCAUAGAAUACGAAAUUACGGGUGCUAUUGUAUUUGAAGAGGGGUAUUAAUAUAACUGGUUUGGAAAAGAGGCAUUCAUUAGCAAAAAAUAAAAUCAUAUUUUCUAAA